CAGCUAACUACUUCCGGGAGUUUUAUUAUCAAUGAUUUUGGCACUUUUGGGAGAUUAAAACACUACUCUGGUGUUUGUCUUUUGUUGUUGUCAAAAUGUCGUACAACUACGUGGUAACAGCCCAGAAACCUACGGCAGUCAACGCCUGCAUCACAGGUCACUUCACCUCUGCGGAAGACCUCAAUCUGCUCAUAGCAAAAAACACACGGUUAGAGAUCUAUGUGGUCACAGCAGAGGGGCUGAGGCCCGUCAAGGAAGUGGGAAUGUAUGGAAAGAUUGCUGUCAUGGAGCUCUUCAGGCCAAAGGGUGAGAGCAAAGACCUGCUGUUCAUUCUCACAUCCAAGUACAAUGCCUGCAUCCUAGAAUACAAACAGAAUGGGGAGAGCAUUGACAUCAUCACCCGUGCCCAUGGCAAUGUCCAGGAUCGUAUUGGACGUCCAUCAGAGACGGGUAUUAUCGGAAUUGUUGAUCCAGAAUGCCGUAUGAUUGGCCUACGGCUGUAUGACGGGUUGUUCAAGGUAAUCCCAUUGGACCGGGACAACCGUGAGCUCAAGGCCUUCAACAUCAGACUGGAGGAGCUGCAGGUCAUCGAUGUUCACUUCCUGUAUGGCUGCCAGGCUCCAACUGUCUGCUUCAUCUAUCAGGACCCGCAGGGACGCCAUGUGAAAACCUAUGAGGUUUCUCUGAGGGAGAAGGAGUUCAACAAGGGUCCUUGGAAACAGGAGAAUGUUGAGGCUGAGGCAUCUAUGGUCAUCCCAGUGCCUGAGCCAUUUGGUGGAGCUAUAAUCAUAGGACAAGAGUCCAUCACCUACCACAAUGGAGACAAAUACUUGGCCAUUGCACCACCUACCAUCAAGCAAAGCACCAUCGUCUGCCACAAUCGGGUGGACCCCAAUGGCUCGCGCUACCUGCUGGGGGACAUGGAGGGACGUCUGUUUAUGCUGCUGUUGGAGAAGGAGGAGCUAAUGGACGGCACGGUGGCGCUCAAAGACCUGCAUGUGGAGCUGCUCGGAGAGACAUCCAUUGCUGAGUGUUUGACCUACUUGGAUAACGGUGUGGUCUUUGUGGGCUCCAGACUUGGCGACUCCCAGCUGGUGAAGCUCAAUGUGGACAGCAACGACCAGGGCUCAUAUGUGGGGGUGAUGGAGACGUUCACCAAUCUGGGGCCCAUUGUGGACAUGUGUGUGGUAGACCUGGAGAGGCAAGGCCAGGGCCAGCUGGUAACAUGCUCAGGUGCAUUCAAGGAAGGCUCUCUCCGGAUUAUUCGCAAUGGCAUUGGGAUUCAUGAGCAUGCCAGCAUUGACCUCCCAGGAAUCAAAGGUUUGUGGCCGCUCCGCUCUGAGGCAGGCAGAGAGACAGAUGACAUGCUGGUUCUGUCUUUUGUGGGUCAAACACGAGUUUUGAUGCUGAGUGGUGAGGAAGUUGAGGAGACUGAACUUCCAGGCUUUGUGGACAACCAGCAGACAUUUUACUGUGGCAACGUGGCACACCAACAACUCAUUCAAAUCACAUCGGGCUCUGUGCGCCUGGUGCUCCAAGAGAGCAAAGCCUUAGUGAGUGAAUGGAAGGAGCCACAGGGCAGGAACAUCAGUGUGGCUGCCUGCAACCACACUCAGGUGGUGCUUGCCGUGGGACGUGCCCUCUACUACCUGCAGAUCCUGGCUGGAGAGCUGAAACAGAUCAGUACCACUGAGAUGGAGCAUGAGGUGGCCUGCCUGGACAUCACACCUCUGGGGGAGGGUGGCGGUGAGUCUCCCCUCUGCGCUGUGGGACUCUGGACCGACAUCUCAGCCCGUGUGCUCAAACUACCUUGCUUCACAACCCUGCACAAGGAAAUGCUGGGCGGAGAGAUCAUCCCUCGCUCAAUCCUGAUGACCACCUUUGAAGGCAGCUACUACCUGCUGUGUGCGCUGGGAGAUGGAGCACUCUUCUACUUUGGUUUGGACCUGCAGACUGGUGCCCUGAGCGAGCGUAAGAAAGUCACACUUGGCACCCAGCCCACUGUGCUGAGGACCUUCAGAUCCCUGUCCACUUCCAACGUCUUCGCCUGCUCCGACCGACCCACCGUCAUUUAUUCCUCCAACCACAAGCUGGUCUUCUCCAACGUCAACCUCAAGGAGGUCAAUUACAUGUGCCCACUGAACUCUGAGGGCUACCCCGACAGUCUGGCUCUGGCAAACAACAGCACUCUGACCAUCGGUACCAUCGACGAGAUACAGAAACUCCACAUUCGCACUGUUCCCCUCUAUGAGUCUCCCAGGCGGAUCUGUUACCAGGAGGUUUCCCAGUGUUUUGGGGUUUUGUCCAGCAGGGUGGAGAUUCAGGAUGUGAGUGGCACCACAUCUGCCGUACGCCCCAGCGCGAGCACUCAGGCUCUGUCCAGCAGCGUGAGCUCCAGCAAGCUCUUCCCCAGCAGCACUUCUCCCCACGAGACGUCCUUCGGUGAAGAGGUGGAGGUUCACAGUCUACUAGUUGUGGAUCAGCACACCUUUGAAGUCCUGCAUGCCCAUCAGUUCCUCCCCAGUGAGUACGCCCUCAGCAUGGUGUCAUGUCGUCUGGGAAAAGACCCGUCAGUGUAUUUUAUUGUCGGCACUGCCAUGGUGUACCCAGAGGAGGCUGAGCCCAAGCAGGGACGCAUCGUGGUCUUCCACUACACCGACGGUAAGCUGCAAACCGUGGCUGAGAAGGAGGUUAAAGGAGCUGUCUAUUCUAUGGUGGAGUUCAAUGGCAAACUGCUGGCCAGCAUCAAUAGCACAGUCCGUCUGUACGAGUGGACAGCUGAGAAGGAGCUGAGGACAGAGUGUAACCACUACAACAACAUUAUGGCCCUUUACCUGAAGACCAAAGGAGAUUUCAUCCUGGUGGGAGACCUGAUGAGGUCCGUCCUCCUGCUGGCAUACAAACCCAUGGAGGGCAACUUUGAAGAGAUUGCACGUGACUUCAAUCCUAACUGGAUGAGUGCAGUGGAAAUCCUGGACGACGACAACUUCCUGGGGGCAGAAAACGCCUUUAAUCUGUUUGUCUGCCAGAAGGACAGUGCGGCCACCACAGACGAGGAGAGGCAGCACCUGCAGGAGGUGGGGGUCUUCCACCUCGGCGAGUUUGUCAAUGUCUUCUGCCACGGCUCACUGGUGCUGCAGAACUUGGGCGAGAGCUCCACGCCUACUCAGGGCUCUGUGCUCUUUGGCACCGUUAACGGCAUGAUUGGUCUUGUGACAUCCCUGUCUGAGGGCUGGUACAGCCUCCUCCUGGACCUGCAGAACCGCCUCAACAAGGUCAUCAAGAGCGUGGGCAAGAUCGAGCACAGCUUCUGGAGAUCCUUCCACACAGAGCGUAAGACAGAACUGGCCACGGGAUUUAUCGACGGGGAUCUGAUUGAGAGCUUCCUGGAUCUCGGCCGAGCCAAGAUGCAGGAAGUCGUCAGUACUCUACAGAUCGAUGACGGCAGCGGCAUGAAGCGUGAAGCCACAGUGGACGAGGUCAUUAAGAUUGUGGAGGAGCUGACGAGGAUCCACUAACCUCAACCGUCAUCCGAACCCCCACUUUGUGAGAGGAGGAAAUGAUGGGCAAAAUGACGAGGAAGCGAACAGAUUUGUAAAUAAUUAUAAAUAAACAGUGAGUGCAUGUUCGUCCUUCGGACUUCAGUGAUUUGUCAACCGUUGAGGCCCUGAAAGUGCUACGUGAUGAGUGUAGCACUCUUCAUGUAGACAAGAGUCUCUGGGCAAAGUGUGUGGCACCCUGUUAGGACAACAAAAAGACCAAAGUAAAGACAUUGGUCUGAGAGUGUGUGUGUGCGCGCAUGUGUGAUUGCGUCCGUGUGGAAUAAUGUGUGACUAUAAAUAGGAAAAACCCAGAAAUUUUCUUCACCAAAAACAUCCUCUGGGAUAUUUGUGACAGUUUAAAGGUUGAAGGUUAGCAGAUCCUCUACACCCACAGUUUAAAUCUAAAUGAUCUACACAUUGAAGUCUGGAGUUAACACACUGUACACGCUGAGAAACAAAAUGAGGAAAUGAUAGAUUUAUAGCUAUUUUGUCUUUGUGAUGUUUUCUUUGUUUAUUCUAAUAAACUUUGCUUUAGUACUGUUAA